CUUGUUCGUUAUCAUUAACCUUCUCGUUUUUCCCUACUAUAGCACCCAACUUCAACGUCGAAUGAUCCAUUUCUCUUCUCAUUAAUCCCCCUUUUUUUCUUUUAUUCGUUUCUCUUCUCUUCGUUUCGAGCUCUCCGAAUCUCUGUGUCAUUUUUUAGAGGGAAAGUAUGGCGGCAAAUGGAACCGGAGUGUCGACGCCAAGGAGUCAGUUGGCUAGGAUUCAGACGCAGAAGAAGGGCAACGAGAUGUGUCACGAUGACAGUGGAAAACCCGUUAAGGCUCAGACGAUUGAUGAGCUUCACUCUUUGCAGAAGAAGAGAUCUGCGCCAACUACGCCUCUCGACGGGGUCCAGGGUGCCUUCGCUAGCUUGACCGAGGGGGAACGCCAGAGGCAGCAGCUCCAGUCCAUCAGUGCAUCUUUGGCUUCACUGACGAGAGGAACAGGUCCAAAGGUGGUGAAAGGAGACCCAGCGGAGAAGCCUUAUGCGGUUGCGCAUGUGGCGCACCAUUACCACCAUGUGGAGGCACCAACCAUCAGCGUCAGUGACAGUUCUUUGAAAUUCACCCAUGUCCUCUACAACCUCUCUCCUGCAGAGUUGUAUGAGCAGGCUGUAAAGUAUGAAAAGGGUUCUUUCAUUACAUCAAGCGGUGCAUUAGCCACCCUAUCAGGAGCCAAGACCGGUCGGUCUCCAAGAGAUAAGAGGGUUGUUAUUGAUGACACCACCCAAUAUGAGCUUUGGUGGGGAAAGGGCUCACCCAACAUUGAAAUAGACGAGCAUACCUUCAUGGUGAACAGAGAAAGAGCUGUUGAUUACUUGAAUUCUCUCGACAAGGUUUUUGUGAAUGAUCAAUUCUUGAACUGGGAUCCACAGAACAGAAUCAAAGUCCGGAUUGUCUCUGCUAGAGCUUAUCAUUCAUUGUUCAUGCACAACAUGUGUAUCCGACCCACUCUUGAAGAGCUGGAGAAUUUCGGUACUCCGGACUUCACUAUAUACAAUGCUGGACAGUUCCCGUGUAACCGUUAUACACACUACAUGACAUCCUCUAGUAGCAUAGACCUUAAUCUUGCUAGGAGGGAAAUGGUCAUUCUCGGCACUCAGUACGCCGGGGAAAUGAAGAAGGGUCUUUUCAGUGUUAUGCAUUAUCUCAUGCCCAAGCGUCAAAUCCUCUCCUUACAUUCUGGCUGCAAUAUGGGGAAAGAUGGAGAUGUUGCCCUCUUCUUUGGACUGUCAGGUACUGGCAAGACUACUCUGUCUACUGAUCACAAUAGGUAUCUGAUUGGAGAUGAUGAACACUGUUGGAGUGAUAAUGGUGUGUCAAACAUUGAAGGCGGUUGCUAUGCCAAGUGCAUUGAUCUUUCUGGGGAGAAGGAGCCUGAUAUCUGGAAUGCCAUUAAGUUUGGCACUGUGUUGGAAAACGUAGUUUUUGAUGAACAUACAAGAGAGGUGGAAUACGGGGACAAAUCAGUUACAGAGAACACUCGUGCAGCAUACCCCAUCGAAUACAUUCCCAAUGCUAAGAUUCCAUGCGUUGGGCCACACCCUAAGAAUGUCAUACUUUUGGCAUGUGAUGCCUUUGGUGUCCUUCCACCUGUGAGCAAGCUGAGUUUGGCACAAACCAUGUAUCAUUUCAUUAGCGGCUACACUGCUCUGGUGGCUGGCACAGAAGAUGGUAUUAAGGAGCCAACAGCAACAUUCUCAGCUUGCUUUGGCGCAGCAUUUAUCAUGUUGCAUCCUACUAAGUAUGCAGCUAUGCUUGCGAAGAAAAUGCAGAAGCAUGGAGCAACAGGAUGGCUUGUCAACACUGGCUGGUCCGGUGGAAGCUAUGGCUCUGGAAAGCGUAUCAAGUUACCAUACACUCGAAAAAUCAUUGAUGCCAUCCACUCUGGUAGCCUCUUGAAUGCAACUUACGAGAAAACUGAGGUGUUUGGAUUAGAGAUCCCCACUGAGAUUGAGGGAGUGCCUUCAGAAAUCCUGCAUCCAGAGAACACAUGGACUGACAAGCAGGCAUACAAGGACACGCUGUUGAAAUUGGGUGGCCUGUUCAAGAAGAACUUUGAGACCUUCACAAACUACAAGAUUGGCAAGGACAACAAGCUGACUGAGGAGAUCCUAGCAGCUGGUCCAAACUUUUAACUCUGCAGCAAUGAGCAAGGCAAGAAAUUGCCGUUGGAAGUCUCGAAAGAGUGUUCCUGCCAGUAAUAGAAAAUGUAGUUUUCUUUGUUAGGGUCCAAUUCAUAUGUAAAAUGGUUCAUUAUGUGAAUCCAUAUCCAAUUUAUAAUUGGAGUAGCACUUUUCUUUUGG